AUGGCGCUGGGCUGGGCCGUGCUGGUGCUGCUGGUGCUGAGCCCCCUGCGGGCGUGCGGGGCUGAGCUGCUGCAGCCGGGGCUGCCCCGGGGCGAGCAGUGGGUCUGGGGGGUGGCCAAGCCUCUGCCCCUCUCCCGUGGGAAGAGGGAUGACAGCGAGCAGGAGCCUGGUGCCACCGCGAUGAUCGGCAGUGACAAGAGCGAUGGUGCCUCUGUGCCACCACCAGCAGCCGGCACCAACGCCAGCCUGCUCCGGGUGCCAACCACAGCCGACCCCAUGGACGAUUCCCCCGAGCCUGAGCAGCUCCUGGGCUCUGCAGCACCGGUGCCCGGCACCAACGCCAGCCUGUUCCCAGUGCUUGCAGUGUCCACCACAGCCGAGCCUAUGGAUGAGACAGAUUCCCCUAAACCCGACUUAUUGGAGAACUCUGUGGCACCAGCAGCGCCCAGUGCCAGCACCAGCCUGCUCCGGGUGCCUACAGUGUCCACCACAGCUGAUCCCAUGGAUGAGACAGAUCCCCCUGAUCCCGACCUGCUCCUGAGCUCUGCCCCAGCACCCAGCACCGAGGCCAGCCGGGCACUCGCGGUGCCAACUACAGCUGAUCCCAUGGAUGAGACAGAUCCCCCUGAUCCCGACCUGCUCCUGAGCUCCGCCCCAGCACCCAGCACCGAGGCCAGCCGGGCACUCGAGGUGCCAACUACAGCUGAUCCCAUGGAUGAGACUGAUCCCCCUGAUCCCGAUCUGCUGCCAACCUCAGAACCUGUCACAUCAGCAGCACCCGAAAAGAGCAUCGCCAUCACCACCCCCAGCUGGCUCACGCCACCCAUCGAGGAGAACACAGUGACUGAUGGCCUGGACAGCAGCUCCUCCACGGGGCCACCCUCAGCUGUCCCCCCAGCCUUUGUCGUCACCACUACGGGCUACAGGAAACCCAAGAAAUCCGGAGCUCCGCCUGCACCGACCCUCCCGGCCCUUUGGGACACGACGCCAAGGGGCACCGCGGUGCCCUGGGAGCCCGACGGGGUGAUGAGCAAGUGCCUGCUGACCAUCCUGCUGCUGGGGCUGGUGGCCGCCACCUUCCUGGUGUGCACGGGGGUGCUGGGGUCGCUGCUGUGGCGGCGGACGCGGACGGGGCAGCGCCGCUUCAGCCGCACCGAGAUGGUUUGUAUCUCCUCGCUCCUGCCCGACGCCGAGGCGGCCGCCGGCCCCCGGCCUGUCCCGGCCCGGAGGCACAGGCUGCUGCUGCCCGACGGCAGCUCCGAGCCCGAUGGAGACAACCUGACUCUCAGCAGCUUCCUGCCGGAGCACUCCUGAGCCCCAGGGAUGGCUCCUGCAUCCCGCAGCGCUGGGGGGCAGCGUGCCCGGUGGAGCGGCGGGCAGGGAUUCCCUGUCCCCCGGUGUUUUAGCU